UAUGUAUGCGUCUCUGUCAAUUGGCCAGUUUCGAAUUUUCUUUCAUCCUUCAAAAAGUCUUAUUGUACCUCCACUAGCCACGAUGGCGGCGAAUUUAAGAAGAAUUUGUGGCUCUAAAUUAUUGGGAACUUCAGCUUCAGUUGGUCUUCAACAGGCCAAACAGCUGUCGACUACCAAGGCAUGGACGAAUGGACAGAAGAAGCUCAUAGCAUCGGUUGGUGCUAUCACCGGCGGCUUGGGAGCUCUGCUAUUUGCCUUGGAGAGCUCGGUUGAAGCAUCUGGUACAGAAGUGCAUCCACCAGCUAUGCCAUGGAGCCAUAAGGGUAUUCUCUCUUCACUGGACCAUCAAAGUAUCCGCCGCGGCUACGAAGUGUACAAGCAGGUUUGCUCUGCCUGCCACUCGAUGCAUUACAUAGCUUAUCGUAAUUUGGUUGGUGUUUCCCAUACCGAAGCAGAAGCUAAGGCAGAAGCUGAACAAAUAAUGGUAAAAGAUGGUCCCGACGAUACCGGAAACUACUAUGAACGCCCGGGCAAACUUUCUGAUUAUUUCCCCUCACCAUAUCCGAACGAAGAGGCUGCUCGGGCUGCUAAUAACGGUGCUUAUCCACCAGAUUUGAGCUACAUUGUAUCAGCACGUAAAGGCGGUGAAGAUUAUGUAUUUUCGUUGCUUACUGGUUACUAUGAUGCACCAGCCGGUGUGGUGCUGCGCGAAGGACAGUACUUUAACCCGUACUUCCCUGGCGGUGCUAUUUCCAUGGCUCAAGUCUUGUACAAUGAGGUUAUUGAAUACUCUGAUGGUACCCCACCAACAACGAGUCAAUUAGCUAAGGACGUAGCUACCUUCCUUAAAUGGACUUCAGAGCCAGAACAUGAUGACCGCAAGAUGCUUACAAUUAAGGCCUUUGGUAUCCUUGCCUUUUUGGGUAUAAUUACAUAUUACAUCAAGAGACACAAGUGGUCUACUUUGAAAUCUAGAAAGAUCGUUUUUACACCAAAGGAAAAGUAAACGCGAUCCCAAAAAAAAACAAUAUAAAGCAUUAAAACAGCAAGAUUAUGUAUACAAAUUAUACAUAACCACACAACCAUCGCCGUCGGCUAAAAAAAAGCGCAAACUUCACUGCGGGGAGAAAUUAUUGGCAGCAAUCAAAACUCCCAAAGAUCUAAGAAAAAUUGUUACAAUUUAAACUAAAGAUUACAUUUAACGUAAUGAUUAAAAUAAACAAAUAAAUCUACAAAUAAAAUGCUAAAGAUACGACAAAAUA